AUGACUUGUUUGGUGGCAGAGGCUGAAGCACUUGGCCGACGUGCUCCAAGCUCAGGAGCUUACAUGAAUAAAGCGGACCUCACAGAUCCUGAUUGGAAGGUCCACUGCUUUGGCAACAAUUAUGACCAACUUCUGGAAAUAAAGAACCAAUGGGACCCCGAUGGUGUUUUCUGGUGCAAACCCUGCAUCGGCCAUGACAACUGGACGGUAGGAAACGGAUUUGGUGAUGAAGGAGCCAUUGGCCAGAGAACAGGGAAGACUUGUCGCAGACACUAA